CUUUCGCCUGGAUUUCUUAUUCACGGUGAAAAGGUAUACCUACUAGUAGGCAGCAUCGCCCAUCCAGUCACUCUCGUGAAUCCCCUUGUCAGCGCUUCGCCUGAGGAACCAUCGACAGCCGACUCAUUCAGGGGCUUCUCCCGAUCAGCGCCUCCGGACGGACCAUGGCGCACCGAACGGAAAAGAGCCAAUUGAAGCGGCCUCGCGGCUCGCUGCCCGAGGACGAGACCGACACCAAGAAGCCUCGCCGCUCCGAUCGCCUGGCCCAGGUCGAUCCCGACAAGACGCCCGUGUCGCGCGAGCAUCACCUGCCGUCUCCCGUCACAAACAACGCCACCGACGGCUCGACCGAGCUGCCCAAGGAACACACCGCGACGCCGCCCGUCGCUGCGGCCGAUGAGCUGACGCCCCGAAAGGCCCCCGAAGGGCUGGGCCAGAGCCAGGCGCUGUCGUCGCCGCCGCAGGACACCCAGCCGCUGAGCCAGUUCAUCGACCGACAUCCGGCCCUCUCUGACGAAGUUGUUGACGAGCUCAAGGAGGGCGUCUGGGGUUACCUGGUGCCCCUCGAUCCCAAAUACGGCGACAAGCCUCUGGUGCUAAAGAAACGCGUCGCAUGUCCCAUUCCGGAUGACGUUGAAGCUCUUUCGGACGGCACCGUUCAGAGCAAGAGCGAGAGCAAGAAUUCAAAGCCCGUCAAGGACGAGGAGACAUAUGAAAAGACCAAAGUCAAGGGUGUUGCAGCUGGUGGAUAUCUGAUCGGCCGUCACCCCGAGUGUGAUGUGGUCGUCAGCGAAGGAGUCGUGUCCAACCGACACUGCCUUAUAUUCGCAGAAAACGUUGGCACGGAUACCGUGGCCGUUGUCGAGGAUGUCUCCAGCAACGGAACCUACGUCAAUGAGGCCCUCGUCGGGCGCAACCAGCGUCGCGAGCUGCAGGACCAGGACGAGAUCGCUGUUCACGGCAAAGCGAGAUUCGUCUUCAGAUACCCCCAGAGCCGGCAAACGAGCGCCUUCUCACAACAGUACACGCUCUUGGACAAGCUCGGCAAGGGCCACUUCGCAGAGGUCUAUCUGUGCGUAGAGAAGUCGACCGGCAAGCGAUACGCCGUCAAGAUCUUCACACAGCAUCCCGGCAAGGACAACAGGUCCAAGACGGAAGGCCUGCAGCAGGAAAUUGGCGUCCUUAUGGGUGUCAGCCAUCCCAAUGUCCUCUGUCUCAAGGAUACUUUUACUGAGCGCGACCACGUCUACUUGGUCCUCGAGCUGGCGCCUGAAGGCGAGCUGUUCAACUACAUUGUUCGGAAGCAGAAACUGAGCGAGGAUGAGACGAGAAAGCUUUUCCGUCAACUCUUCCAAGGCGUCAAGUAUCUGCAUGACCGUAACAUCGUGCACCGAGAUAUCAAGCCAGAGAACAUCCUUCUUGUGGACCAGGAUCUGCAUGUGAAGCUGGCCGAUUUCGGACUGGCAAAGAUCAUUGGGGAAGAAUCGUUCACGACGACGCUUUGCGGGACCCCCAGCUACGUCGCCCCUGAAAUUCUGGCUGAUGGAAAGCAUCGAAAAUACACCAAGGCCGUCGACAUCUGGUCGCUCGGCGUUGUGCUGUACAUCUGCCUCUGCGGCUUCCCGCCAUUUUCUGAUGAGCUCUACUCACGAGACUUUCCUUUUACGCUCUCCCAGCAGAUCAAAAGCGGACGCUUCGACUAUCCAUCACCGUACUGGGACUCUGUCGGUGAUCCAGCCCUCGACUUGAUCGAUUCCAUGUUGAUCGUGGACCCGGAGCGCCGAUUCACCGUCGACCAAUGUCUGAAGCAUCCGUGGCUUAACGCCAACGCACCGGCCGUGAACGACAGCACUGGCGGGCUUGUAGACGGCAUUGGGGGCCUGGAGGUCAAUCGCCGAGCUCCUGUUCGAGAAAGGACAUUGCUGGCUUCUGUCAAUUCCGUCUCUAUCGCUGCUGAGAUCGAUGGCGGCAACAAGGGCACCCCCAUCAAAGUGUUUUCUAAGAACAAACACAAGGCGAAUGUUCCCCACGAAGCCGGUCCGGCCCAUCACCGGGCGCCCGAAGAAUUUAUGGAAAUGGGCGGCAAGGGAGACCAACAGCUGUUUGACGAUGACACCGGGAGCAUCUACCCUUCUGCCGACAUUGCUGCGAAGAAGAAGGAAGCGGACAAGCAGCCAAACGGCAAAUGAACGAUAUGACGACUCAUCAGCUGGCAACAGCCAGCAUCUCCUCCGCUCAACUUGGUUGCUCUCGGUCAAUCAUCAGAGCUUUUUUGCAUGUAUAUAUAGAAUUGGCGAGUCGGUUUUGGUAUGGGAGAUUUUGGCCCGGGACUUGUUUUUCUUUCUUCGUUUUCAUCACCAUCCUCCUCAUCUCUCUCUGAUUUCCGUCGCUACAUCUCCUUGAGCCAUUUCCGCUUUCCAGUUCCCUGGUUUUAUGCUGUGUUUGUUUUUCUUUUUGUUGGGAUAUCUGCGGAACACAUGAACUUGUUUAGGGAGCUCUGUUAGGAGGCCAGCUGUCUCCUCUGGGCCUUGGUAAAGGGUCUACUCUGGCCAUUUGGGCCAGGAUAAGGAGUUGCGCCUUUGAGGCUCUU